UGAAAGCAUAAUAUUAUCCUUGUUUGACUGCAAAUGUGUAAUGUUAAUCAAAAUAAUUAAAUCUUAUUAGUUGUCUAAGUUUUUUUUAACUUGUGUAUACUAACUUGAGAAAGUAUAGUGUUAUUAGAAAUUGUACAAAAUGGGAGAUUCUGUUCAAACAGUAGGGUUCAAAAUAACAUUAACUUCAGAUCCAAAACUACCAUUUAAAAUAUUCAAGGUACCAGAAGCAGCUCCAUUUACAGCAGUUAUAAAAUUUGCAGCUGAAGAAUUCAAAGUAUCAGCCGAAACAUCAGCAAUCAUCACAGAUGAUGGGAUUGGUAUAAACCCUCAACAAACCGCAGGUGUUGUUUUUCUAAAACACGGAACAGAUCUAAGGCUUAUACCAAGGGAUAGAGUUGGAUUGAAUUAAUGUUAAUAUGUAAUAUAAAAUUGAAUUUUUAAAUAAAUUUACAAAUUAUCUGUUUGUAUUA